AUGCACACGACCCAGAAGGACACGACGUACACCAAGAUCUUCGUCGGGGGGCUGCCCUACCACACCACCGACGCCAGCCUGCGCAAGUACUUCGAGGUCUUCGGCGAGAUCGAGGAGGCGGUGGUCAUCACCGACCGGCAGACCGGCAAGUCCCGGGGCUACGGAUUUGUCACCAUGGCUGACCGAGCCGCUGCGGAAAGAGCCUGCAAGGAUCCCAACCCCAUCAUUGAUGGCAGGAAGGCCAAUGUGAAUCUGGCAUAUUUGGGAGCAAAACCAAGGAUCAUGCAACCAGGUUUUGCCUUUGGUGUUCAACAACUUCAUCCAGCCCUUAUACAAAGACCUUUUGGAAAUAAUGGCAAGUUGGCAAAGAGAUGCGAGGAGGAAGCCUGCACCACUAACCACAUACCACGCACCGGGUACUUCACAUUUAAUCCUCACGGCACCGUAAGAAUGUCGUUCCUAAACCUGUAUGCUUCAGGUCCUGUGCCGUUAAGAGCUGGCCUCUCGGUGAAAACCGAGAAGAGACGAAGGAGAAAAGGAAGUAAUGCCCGACACAGGAGUACAGCAGCUUGA